ACCCCAAAAGACUUCUUCAACCCCUUAAACCCAUCGCCAAUGUCUCCCUUCAGAACCGUCCUCCUCCUUAAACCCCAAAACCCUCUUUUCAUUUCCCAAACAAUCCACAAACCCCUCUCACUCUUCUCCAUCGCUCGCAGAUUCUUCACCUCCUCACACCAAACUGAGAACCAAACCAAACCCAGAAAGCCUCUGGACCUACUCUUCAAAGAGGCCGUCGAACUCUCCCCAAAACCCGAAAACUCUGACAGAGAAGCCGAAGACAACGCAUUGAAGAAGAGCUUGAGGGAUUUGGAGAAGGAGGUCAGGAGCUUGCGAGCCAAUUCGAAUGGCGAAACUAAAGCAAAGAAGAGAGAACCCAAUUCUGAGGGUAAGGCCAGUUUAUACUCGGUGUUCACGAAUAAGGCGGCGGCUGCGGCGGACGGCAGCGGUAGGAAGCGGAAAGAGUUGACGAAAGAGAGGUCGAAUAUGUUGAAAGAUUUGUCGCAGGAUAUGGAAGUGGUGGUGAGCCAUUUGUACAAAGAAGGGUACUUUAAAGAUGCCAAUUUCUUGUUUGUAAAUGGUGAUAGGUUGGAUUUUAGCUGCUUUAACAACAGUUAUGGCCGUAGUUUCGUAAGGUUUGCAGUCGAAAGUUUUGCCAGAGACAACCAACUGAUAGCAAAAUGGUUGUCUGGCUCAGACUUGAAAAAGGUGGCCCUCCUCGGUUGCCCUUCCCUUGCAAGAAAGAGCGUUUUUGGGGCUAAAAGAAUGCGUAAAUUUUUUGAAAUUCCAGAAGACAAGGUUUGCAGUAAAUGUGUCUUGAAACAGUCGUGCAAGUUUGCAAAUCAGAAUGUGUGGAACGGAGGCGCCAAGAAUCUGGAUCUUAGAGAUGUAAUGAAUACUAUCACAUUAUAUGCUCUGGAUGCUGUACCUCCAGAGCUGGUUGUCCCUGACGAAGUAAAGUCUUCUGUUAGUCGACUGCUAAAGGAGGUUUUGAAGCUAAGUGAAGUUACAUUGUGAGGCUAAUUUCAGAUCUGCAGAACAUGUUCCAGCGAGGAUUCAGGUGCGACGCUUUUGAAAGAUCCAACCCUCCCUGGAGUUCGAUAUGCAUGCUUGAUGUUCUAUUUGCUUGUCCUGAUCAAUGCUCAACCCGAUGCCAAGGAAUUCAAGUGAUGUUCAAGAAUAGUGCACAUCUCCAACUCCAAGGUGACUUGCAACAUUCUGUUGAAAGCGUAAUUUAGCUUCCCCGUAUGAAUGUGAAACUGUUUUAGAUGUUCCGUAAAUGCUUAACUCAUUCUUAACUCCGUUAACCUAAUCCCCGUAUAAAGAGUUACAUUCUUUUCGGUUU